CCCGCUGUCACCUCAUUCUCGACCGAUCGCCGACACCUGCUCUUUCUUGCUGUGGUUGGCAACACAAGAAGAAGCUUGCAGGGCACGCUUUCUCUCCCAACCAACGAGUAUUUUUUCCUUCCUGCACCCGACGCCACCCUGUCCACCCAUCAUCCGAUCAGAUGCAUGAGACUUACUGAGCCUCCGCAAGUGUCCCGCUGUCUCCUUGGCUCUGCUGAUUCAAUCUCUCUGUGUUCGUGAGGAGACAACGUUACACAGCAGUAGGCUGCUCAGAAAGCGAGAGCAGCUCAUCACCCUCCUUCAGAUCUCAACGAGUUAUUUCUUACACAAAGUUCAAACGCAGCUAUGGAUCUCCUAGCAACGGUCCGGAAGGAAGGUUCUCGAGGAGGACGUGGGGACUUCCAGUGGUCCGAUGUUCAGACUUCUUCGCACCGAGAGAAUUAUCUAGGGCACUCGUUGAUGGCUCCGGUUGGGCGUUGGCAAAAAGGUCGAGAUCUCAAUUGGUUUGCCAAAGCCGAUAAGGAUGCAGACACGGGCGAAGAUGCAGAUGCCAAAGCUGCGCGAGAACGAAGAGAAGAGAUUCGGCGAAUCAAAGAGGCUGAGGAAGAUGCGCUUGCAAGAGCUCUGGGAUUACCUGUCGCGCCUCGAAACAACCCCAACCUGGAAAUGAUAGGCGCCCAACGCGAGGUUGGAAAAGUUUUGAAAGAGGCUGCAGAAGAUGAUGGGCUUGCAGGGACAGGGGGAGUCGGCUACGGGCGAGCAACAGGGGUGUCAGGCGCGAAAGAAGGAGAGGUCACUACCGAAAGACUUGCAGGUACGGGCGGAGAACAAGACAAGGAGUUGCAAAAUGCUCUCAAGGAAUACAGAAGGCGCCAUGGCGAGCGGAGACAGCGCAGCCGAAGUAGAGAGCGCCACACGGAUGGUAGACAUCGACGACGGCACCGAGACGAAGCUCCUCGACCCAGAGAUCGGAGACAGCGCUCGCCCAGAGACAGGCACAAGGGCAGACGAUCCAGGUCAGUCUCAUCUGAAAGAGAUAGGUCUCACCAACGACGCGAGAGACCACGAAGCAGGUCUCCUGGUCGUCACCGCCGUCAUGAAGAGCACAGACGUCAUGAAAAUGCAAGACGAGACAACCGACGAUGAAACAUUGAUUGGCGGUGUAUGAACAGAAGAACACUCUCAGCGCAAGCCCAAAGAGGCAUCAAAGACAUCGCCCUCCAGAUCCUUGAUAUCCACAUCCACCACGCUUGAUGCACGUCCAACCCCGGGUCCUUGUCUUACAAUAUCGGCCGAUGCACUGGUGUCCACAAAUUCCUCCAGCUCCUCACUUACAGUCUUGAGUUUCUCCUUGACGCUAGCUACGCCUUCGACCCCGACAAUAUGUCUUGCUGGAGGGUUUUCGUGCCCACCAAUAGCAGUCAGUGCAUGGACGGUCUCGGCUAUCAACUUUUCUGUGUGAGCAUGGCUCAAAGGCGGAUACAAGCUGACCACUUCAUUGCGACUGAGCAGGUGGAGGAUAUUGAGCUCGUAUUCCUGGCAGCCGGUUGAUCAGUCCAUCCAACAGGCCCCGGAAAUUGGGAGCGGUGUGCCCAAAGUCCCUUGAGUAUUCUUUCAUCGGAGGGGCAGAUGUGAUUUUAUUGGUCAGAAUCCCGAUUUCCACGCUGGCUUGGACAAUUGUCAGUUUGAUGUUGAAGGGGGCUAUCUCAUAGGCAAUGCUGUCGCAGAAGCCUUCCAAUGCCCACCCCGACGCACAAUACAUGCUAAGGCCAGGUGUCCCAAGAUGACCAGUGAUGCCAGCAAGUACUAUGAUGUGUCCAUUCAUCAACGUCCGCAUGUGAGGGAUGACAGAUUUGAUUAUAUUCAUUGGCCCGAAGAAAUUCUUCUCGAAUUGAUCUCGGACCAUCGUCAACGUCCGCUGGCUCGCUGAAAGUUCUUCAACCGUUCCAAUGAUUGCCUCGCUGGUGCAGCAGAACAAGAUGUCAACCUUCUUGAAGACAUGGACCGCUUCUGCAAUAGCUGCCUGACAUUGCCUAACAUGUCUGUUACAAGGUUAACGAUGCCUUCCAGCGUAACUUAUGCAUGAAAAGGGCUGUACAGAAACCGGGGUGACAAUGGAGCUCCAUACCUGAUAUCUAAUGGUACAAUUUUCAAUCGGUCUUUCCAUCCGUUUGUUCGCAC